CCCCGACGACAGACUGACAGCGGCGGUGCGCCGAGGGACGCGAGCGAUGGGUCUGUUUUCAGAGCUGAAGCUGGCUGUGCCCUGGGGCCACAUCGCUGCCAAAGCCUGGGGCCCCCAGCAGGGCCACCCUGUUCUCUGCCUGCACGGCUGGCUGGACAAUGCCAACUCCUUCGACCAACUCAUCCCUCUUCUCCCGAAAGACUUUCAUUACAUUGCCAUGGAUUUCGGGGGUCACGGGCUCUCGUCCCAUUACAGCCCAGGUCUCCCGUAUUACCACCAAAACUUUGUGAGUGAGAUUCGAAGAGUUGUGGCAGCCUUGAAAUGGAAUCGAUUUUCCCUCCUGGGCCACAGUUUUGGUGGCACUGUGGGUGGAAUGUUUUCCUGUAUCUUCCCCGAGAUGGUGGAUAAACUUAUCUUGCUGGACUCAUCGCCAUUUGCCCUGGACUCUAAUGAGAUGGAGAACAUGCUGAUCUACAAGCGGAGAGCCAUAGAGCACACACUGCAAGUGGAGGCCUCCAAGAAGCCCUCGAGCGUGGUCAGCCCGGAGGAGAUGCUGCGGGGGUUCCUGAAGAACAACAGUCACGUGAGUGAGGAGUGUGGGAAACUCCUCCUGCAGAGGGGAACCACCAGGGUGGCCACAGGGCUGGUGCUGAACAGAGACCGGAGGAUCGCUUGGCCAGAGCACAGCUUCGAUUUCGUCAGCAGGGAGUUCUUUGCGCAAUCCGUCAAGAAGCUGCAGGCCCGCGUCCUGCUCAUCAAAGCAAUCCAAGGAUUUUAUGAUGUGAGGAGAGAGAAUGACACUAACAAGGAGCCCCUGCUUUUCACAGUUGACACGUUGAAAUCUGUCCUAAAAGAGCGGUUCCAGUACGUGGAAGUCCCGGGCAAUCACUAUGUGCACAUGAACCAACCCCAGCAGGUGGCCAGUGUCAUCAGCUCCUUCUUACAGAGCAAGGACAGGGUCCCAGCCCGGCUGUAG